AUGGAAAAUCGAAAUGGGUCCUUCGUUUCUGGGCAGCCUGCUGAAUCAAGCAGUGACUCCACUGACGAUGAUGGAAGUGAUGACGGUGAUGCGUUUUCACAAGAUAAUAGCAUGCGGCGUUUCCACGAAUCUGGCUGUGGUUGUGCUAAGAAAUGCCACGAGAAAUUUGAUGCCUCCCAAAUCAGAACCUACACCCUUAAUACGCGGGAAAUGACGAGGGAAGAAAAACGCUCGGACUGUGACAUCUUUCAGCAGCUAGAGGAUAUUGUCAACAAGUCGUCUACUGCAAACGAGGCUGUCCGAUAUCCGACCUGGUGCUUGUGUGACUGGAAGACUUUCUUGUCUACAUCUUUUAAAGCAAUACCCGGGAUAAGGAAGUACCAGUACUUCAGGUUCGACUCAUCGAGGCCCGGCACGGUUUUCGCGAAGAAAGCAACGGACCUACCAGAGGAAGAGUUCUUCAUCAUGAAACACAGGAAACUCCCCUCAGCAGAACCGUGAUUAAUUAAACCGGCAGGGCUAUCAGAGAAUCGCGUGAAAUCUCUUUACAGAACUGUCCGACCAUUUGUGCGACCAUGUUAUCAGGACAUUACCUGUCCAACACCCACAGACUGAUUGCAUGUGAUUACAUCAUGUAUUCGAACAUCAACCUAAACAGUUAUUUUAAUCCAUGCGCGUGUUAAUGCAGGGUUUUCC